AUGGCGAAUCAAGUCAUGGUCCCCUUCCUCAUCGCUAUGAUGCUGUUGACAGGCGUCUGCAACACACUGUUGUCAAAGUAUCAGGACCUCCAAUGUGUCGCCAACUGCGAUUCCUCCGACCCUUCCAAGAUCCGCCGCUUCUCCAUGCCCGUAAUCCAAACCGCGCAAAUGUUCAUCGGCGAGGCUGCCUGCUGGCUCGUCGUCCUCGGCCACUACCUCUACAAACGUUACAUAUCACGCCCUUCCUCGCCGCUUUUCGCCGGUGGUUACACGGCCGUUAAUGGACACGAUUCUGGGAUUGAUUCGGACGAAGAGGAUAACAAUGAAGAGCUUGGGAGCUCAUUCUCCGCCCUUGAGGCCGCGAACCCAGUUGCCAAGUCACUAGUACCGAACGCGGAUGGUAGAAGAGAGUUGGUGGGAUGGAGGGUCAUACUACUUGCGCUGCCUGCAUGCUGCGAUAUUGCAGGAACGACGCUGAUGAAUGUGGGAUUGCUCUUCGUGGCUGCUAGUAUAUACCAGAUGACGCGUGGAGCCUUGGUACUUUUUGUCGGGCUCUUCAGUGUCAUCUUUCUCCACCGGAAGCUCUAUUUGUACCAGUGGUCGGCCUUGUUCAUCGUGGUACUCGGCGUAGCUGUUGUCGGACUGGCAGGCGCUAUUGCUCCCAACCCACAAGCGCAGCCGGAACCCAGGUCCACAAUGGAAGCAGUUGUUCUCUUCACCAGAGCGACGGUAGAAGACAUCAAAGUCACAGCAAGAUCGACAGAAGCCCUUUGGACAAUCAUCGGCGUCCUAAUGAUCGCCCUCGCCCAGAUCUUCACCGCCACUCAAUUCGUCCUUGAAGAAUGGAUCCUCGAACAAUACGCCUUGGAACCAUUGAAAGUAGUGGGCUGGGAAGGACUCUUCGGCUUCAUCGUGACAGUAAUAGCCAUGAUAAUUUUACAUUUGGUCGUCGGGCGCACGGAACAAGGACGAAAUGGCUACUUCGAUGCAGAAGAGGGAUGGCGAGAGAUGACACACAAUAAAGCUAUUGCUGUGUCUUCGGUGCUAAUUAUGAUCAGUAUUGGCGGCUUCAAUUUCUUCGGUUUGUCUGUUACGAGAACCGUCAGUGCAACCGCAAGAUCGACAAUUGAUACGUGCCGGACACUGUUUAUCUGGAUCGUCUCGCUGGGAUUGGGUUGGGAGACGUUCAAGUGGCUUCAAAUACUCGGAUUUGCUCUAUUGGUCUACGGUACUUUCCUGUUCAACGACAUCGUCCGCCCGCCUCUGAAGUCAUGCAUCAAGAAGCGUAAAGAGGAGGCGUUGCUAGCAGCGGAACCGAUUGAGCAUUCGUGA